AUGACUGGAGCUGAGAUUGAAUCCAGUGCUCAGGCAAAACCUGAAAAGAAGGCUGGACAAGAGGGUGGGGCUGGGACUGAGAGAGAGAAUGAAGUUCUGAUGGUGGUUAGACCCAAGGUUAGGACACAGGCCCAUGUAAUGACUGGAGCGAGACCUAAAACUGAUUCUAAGGCAAUGUCUGGGGCAAGGCCCAAAACUGACUCCAAGAAAAUGACUGGGGCAAGAACCAAAAAGGAAUCUAAGGCAAUGACUGGGGCAAGACCCAAAACUGAUGCCAGGGCAGUAGGUGGGGCUCGUCCUAAGACUAAUGCUAAAUCAAAGACUAGUUCAAGGUCUAAGGAUGAAACUCAGGCUUGGACCCAGACUGAUUUUGGCACUGAGGCAAUAUUACAAGCAGAAGGCAUGCCCCAGGCCAAUGCUGCAGUCUGGUCGCUGGCUAAUGUGGAGUCUGGAUCAGUUGCUAAAUCUAUGGGCUUAUCUGUGGAUAGGGAUCUGGUGGGUGUGGAUGCUGAUACCUUUCCUGGAUCUCAUGUUCAGACAGGAAUUCAACCCUGGUUUGGGCCAGGAGAAGAAGCUAAUAUGGGGUCUUGGUGCUACCCAAGGGCCAGAGGGGAGGCCUCUAAUGAGUCAGGAUUCUGGUCAGAAGAUGAUACCACUACACUAUCUUCUUUCUGGGCUGGAGAAGAGAACAGUAUCAGAUCAUGGCCCAGAGAAGAAGUGAAUACCAGGUCCAGACACAGGGCUAAACAUCAAUCUAACUCCAGGCCCAUUCCUAGAUCCAAGCAAGAUCCUUAUAUUGAUUCUUGGUCUGGAUCUGAGGAAGAGUCUUGCAAUCCAUACUGCUUUUGGGGUGGAGAAAAUUGCAAUGAUUUGUUCCGGCCCAGGGGCAGGAAUGAGACAAAUAUCAGGUCCAAACUCAGGACAAAGAGAGAGGACUUUUUUGAGUCUGAGUCUGAAGAUGAAUAUUAUAAGGAGUCCUGGUUUUUGCCUGGAGAAGAGACCAGUAAUAGAUUCAGGAACAGGUGUAAAGAAGAGCCUGAUACUAUCUUGAAGUCCAGAACCCAGAAAGAUGUUAAUAAGAGUGAGAGGGUCAAACAAGAUCCCAGGUGUGAGGAGGAAGUUAUUAUUGGGUCUUGGUUCUGGGAAGAGAAUGAGGAUGGUAUGGAAGCUGGGGCUUCAGCCAUCUGUGAUUCUAGACCAGAGGAUGAGGAAGGGGCCAUUGGUGGUUGUUUGUUCUGGAAUGAGGACAAGUCUGAUUUGGGGGCCAUGGCUGGAGAAGAAGCCUUGCCAGAAUCUGAAGAAGAUGCCAUAUUUGGCUCUUGGUUCUGGGACAGAGAUGAGGCUUCCUUUGAUCAAAAUCCUUGUCCUGUGUUCAAGGCUUGUCCUAGGUUUAGAGAGUCAGCUGAGGAGGAUCUAAGUGUUUCAUCCAGGCCCCAAGCUUGGGAAGAUGUCUCUGUUGAAUUCAAACCUGGUCCUUGUCAUGGGAUGGGCUUUCCAUCCCUGACCCCCUUUCAAAUUCCUGAGGAAGCAGUAGCAUCUGUAUAUGCUGAAGUUUUUGAUGUAAACCCCAAUAAUGUGGAACUUAACUUAGAAGAGGAAGAGCAGGAAAGUUUGCUUCCUCCUGAUCAGCCUGAACCUCAAUUCCAGUUUCAGUAUAAUUCAUCCUAUCGUUCAGUCAUGGAAAUCCGAGAACAUCUUAAGGCCAAGGAGAGUGCAGAACCCGAGAAUUGGUCCUGCAAUUGCAUACAGUGUGAGCUUAAAAUUGGAUCUGGAGAGUUUGAAGAACUCCUCUUAUUAACGGAAAAAGUCCGAGAUCCUUUUGUUCUCGAGAUAUCUAAAAUUGCAAUGGGUACAAGGAAUGCUCCUCAGUUUACACGGGAUGUCAUUCGGGAUUCAGGUGUUGUCUCACUUAUUGAAGCUUUGCUCAAUUAUCCCUCCUCACGAAAGAGGACAGAUUUUUUGGAAGACAUGAUUCGUGUGUCUCCACCGUAUCCCAGUCUAAAUAUGAUCGAAACAUUUGUAUAUCAAGUUUGUGAGGAAACCCUUGCUACUGGUAUGGGUUCCCCUGAGCAACUACUUGGAUUAAGGAUACUAAGACAUCUCACUACAACUACUGAUUACCAUGCACUGGUUGCAGGAUUUAUGUCUGGGUUUCUCUCCUUAUUAGCCACAGGGAAUGCAAGAGUAAAGUUUAAUGUUCUGAAAAUGCUGCUGAAUUUGUCUGAAAAUGCUGUAGUGGCACAAAAACUAUUCAGUGCCAAUGCUCUGUCAGUAUUUGUGACUCUCUUUAACGUAGAGGAGGCAGAUGAUAAUAUUCAAAUUGUUGUUAGAAUGUUCAAGAAUAUCAGUGUUAUUGUAAAUAAUGGAAUGAUGGCCUUGAUCGAUGAGGAUUUCAGUCUUGAGCCACUUAUUUGUGCAUUCCAUGAAUUUGAGAACUUAGCUUUAGAAAUACAAACCCAACUAGACAAUCAAGAUGAUACUGAGGUUGAAAAACAAAGCUAAUGCAUUAAUCGCUUGCCUCUGAUCAGCCUUAUGGUCCCAAAGAACCCUGAGUAGUGCUUCGGUGUUCACUGUCUGGUUUUAUGUUGUAAUUUAUAUUUUCAAUGCUGAUGUUAACUUGUUCAAUUCUUGAUUUGAACUAGAUCAUUUUGUGGAUGCCAAAUGAAUAUUGGAGCUGAAAACGUAUUUGUUGAUAUUUGUCCUGCUGUCUAGAUUGCAAUAUUUUUGAGUGUUGAGCUUCUUAUGAACUUAGUUGCCUGUGUAAGCUACCUUGCUAUUUGUUGUUUAAAUAUAUGGUUCUCUAUUCAAAUCUGUGUUUUCAAUAAAGUUCUAUGUGAAAGUG